AUUUUCAACAGCUAUAUUUGGAGAAACAUGUUCUGAAAACUGUUGAAGACAUGGAUAUAUCGUGCAGAGAAACCCACCAAGUUCUUAUUGUUAUAUAUUUAUCUCAUAGUGAAAGAAACCAACUAUUUUAAAUCAAUUUUCUUUGGAUUUCAUGAUGAAUACGAUAAAUCAACAAAAAAACCGAAGUAAAAAAAAACUGGUUUAUACUGUUUUGGUUGCGAAUUGGGUUCUUCAUAAACACCCAUUAUUUUCUUGCAUUGGUUGCAUGUUGAAUUUUUGCAAUGUUGCAUUUCUUGUACAAUUUAUAAACCCGACCUAAGCCUGGCAAAUUCCGCAGGAACACAAUGGACGUAACGUUGGAAGCGGACAGAUACCUAACGCAGUUCGUGUCGUACCACGACUACCUGGACUCGCUGAUCACACCAGUCGACAUCAAGUACAUCGGCAGCAUCGACAGAGCGCGCGUUCUCACCGAGUUCGGAGCCAGGAACUUAGCUGAAACUCUCACAGAGGACGAGUUCAGGGCAAAGCGAGCUGCAGUUGUAAAGACUCUCAGUCGAAAGCCUCACCUUCUAUGCAGCGCCAACCUGCAGUUUGAGGAUACAUUCCUGGCCGAGCUGGCUGAGCGCGAGAAGCCGAAUCGCACCGGACACAUGUUUACGAUCAUCUUCCUGAGGGACGUCGUGGCCGGAAACGAGGUGUCGGCAUACAUGGACUACGCGGAGCGCCUGGAGAAGGACGACUGGCGGCCGAUCUUCGAAGGCAUUCGCCGCCUCGUGCCGAGAAUCUCCGACCUCAGCUACCGCAAUUGGAAGAUGGGCGUCACCUACUUCAACGACUCUAGGAACUUCACGAACGAGAUCCACCCGACGCACGGGCUGACGUUCAAGAACCUGCACGACAGCGAGACGCUGCUGGUGGACCCGGCGCUGCCUAGCCCGGGCAACGACUCGGUGAUGGUGGUGGUGACCACGGCGAGCUACCUGCAGGUGGUGCUGUACGACCACCUGGUGCGGCGCCGGUGAGCGCCAACAGCUGGGCCUCUGCGGGGAGCAGUGCUCGCUGGGGGGAGUCCGACGUGGAUACAGCAUACAUCACUAAGCGUUACUCCCUUUUGUCUGUUGUGCAAUUCAGUCAGUGUUUGACACUAUAAAACGUUUGCAGAAACAAUGCUUAGUGUCAUGAUUCUUAUAUAUCUCAGAUAUGUACAUUUAACUUUACUGAGCUGUCAAAUGUGAGCUAAAAUAGAGGAACGCUUCAAUUUUGGUUCAUUUGAGAAAAAGUGUUUUUAAUAUAAAUAAUUGGUGACAAUUCUGUUGUUGAGAUGAGUUAAAUUAUGCAAUACACUUCCUUCCUUCAAAUGGUUUAUAUGUACUUGAAAGUGUGAAUAACUUCAAAUAUAUUUUUUAAAAGUGCUGCUGUACCACUAUUGAAA